GGAAGCAGACGCCGAGGGUGGUGUGGCUCACUCCUGCCUAUCCAAGUUGCCCGCGAGCUGCGCCUAAAAGUUUGUAGUGUACCUUUCUGUAGCAGCCGUGAUUCCACCACCCUCCCGAAGAAGGGGGCUCUUUCGCCCGCCUCUCCCUCGCCCUCUCUCUCUCUCUGUUCUCCCCCCACACCCCGAUUCCCCCCCCGCCUUUCAGCCCGAGGUUUGCCCCGUUUUCUGGGGUUCGCGUUGCAGACGACCAACGCUAUGCCCCGGAAGAGUAUCGUGGAGGUGAAGGUGCUGGACGUGCAGAAGAGGCGAAUCCCCAACAAGCAUUAUGUGUACAUUAUCAAGGUCACUUGGUCCAAUGGCUCAACAGAGGCAAUUUAUCGACGCUACAGCAAGUUCUUUGAUCUGCAGAUGCAAAUGUUGGACAAAUUUCCAAUGGAAGGAGGACAGAAGGACCCUAAACAAAGGAUAAUUCCAUUUUUGCCAGGCAAAAUUCUCUUCCGCCGAAGCCACAUCCGUGAUGUUGCCAUUAAACGCCUUAUACCCAUUGAUGAGUAUUGUAAGGCUCUGAUCCAGCUGCCACCAUACAUCUCUCAGUGUGAUGAGGUUCUUCAGUUUUUUGAAACAAGGCCAGAGGAUCUAAAUCCUCCUAAAGAUGAACCAAUUGGAAAGAAGAGAUCUGGAUUUAUCCAGAGAACGGCUUCUGACCUUCUGAGAGCUGGAGAUUUGUCAUCUGCUGAUCCCAUGGUGCUGGAACAAUAUGUGGUGGUGGCUGAUUACCAGAAGCAAGAGAGCUCUGAAAUUAGUUUGUGUGCUGGCCAAGUUGUGGACAUAAUUGAGAAGAAUGAAUCUGGCUGGUGGUUUGUAAGUACAUUGGACGAACAAGGAUGGGUUCCUGCAACAUGCCUAGAAGUCCAGGAUGGUGCCCAGGAUGAAUUUUCAAUGCAAACUGAAGAAGAGAAGUAUAUGGUGAUCUACCCAUACGCUGCUCGGGAUCAAGAUGAAAUAAACCUGGACAAAGGAGCUACUGUGGAAGUGAUCCAGAAAAAUCUGGAAGGAUGGUGGAAAAUCAGAUAUCAGGAUCAGGAGGGCUGGGCCCCAGCAUCUUACCUGAAAAGAGGGAGCGGAGACCUACUUACAUCAAAACUGGGAUCUGCAGCUUCAGCCCAUUCACACGCGUUGGAUAUGGAUGGACUUUCUCGACAGCAGAACUCCCCAGGUCGAGACAAGGAUGGACUGAGUAAUCAAAGAGAUGGGAGAUAUGAUGGCCGCCCAUUGCCCAAUGUGGACCUUCAACGAAAGUCACCAAAGAUGAGGCAAAGACCCCCUCCUCGUCGAGAUCUCACAAUACCACGUUGUGUCAAUCUGCCAAAGCCUCCAGUGCCCCCACAGGUGGAAGAAGAGUAUUACACGAUUGCUGAUUUCCAGACCACCAUCCCUGAUGGGAUCAGCUUCCAGGCAGGACUGAAAGUAGAGGUAAUUGAGAAGAACCUAAGUGGUUGGUGGUAUAUUCAAAUUGAGGAGAAGGAAGGCUGGGCACCGGCUACUUUUAUUGACAAAUACAAGAAAACUAGCAAUGCGUGUAGACCUAAUUUCUUGGCACCAUUACCAAAUGAGAUGGCACAGCUACGGCUUGGUGACAGCACAGCAGAGAACAGCUCUAAUGGAGACCUUGCUGGGCCAUCUCGACCUCUGCCUGAAGCACCACCUAAUGGUAUUGAAUAUGGAAUCAAAUGGAAAGGAAAGGAGAUGUCCCAGGAUGCUUUGCCAGAGAACAGUGAUGCUUCUUUGUGUGUUGGGUAUGAAGAAAUAGGUGAUCGGGAUAUGGAAGAGAAACCGAGUCUUCCUCCAAGGAAGGAAUCCAUAAUUAAAUCAGAAGAGGAAUUAAUGGAAAGACAAAGGUUGGAGCAGCGGCCUCCUCCAAAACCUCCUGGCAUGAUUUUGCCUGCAAUUCCCCCAAAGCAGAUUGUGCCUCCAAGGGACAAGAAGCCAGAGCUCAGAACAGAGAAGGGCAAAUUGUUCCAGUUGAAAAACGAAAUGGGUCUUGAGUGUGGACAUAAGGUUUCUCCAAAAGAAAUAAAGAAGCCCAACCUCCGGCCCACAGUCAAGCCAAUGAAACCAAAGAUGGAGCCCCCAGAGGAUAAGCCUGAAGCAGCUAACCUCCCAAACCUUUUUCUGAAAUCAAAACCUCAGAUCAAACCGAAACCAGCACCUGCUCCUAGGACAGAUCCUCCUCAGUUAGAGAACAAAUUAGAUCUUUGCAACCUGAGGAGCAAACUCAAGCCUGCAAAGGCUCAAGAGAAGCUGUCAGAGCAGGAUCCUGUGGUUAAUGAGAGUGCCUUCAGUAACAGCGGACUUCCAGUAGAAUCUUCUGUCAAAUCUCAGGAAAAGCCCAACAUGGAGGUUAGACCUCCCUCUAGACCUGAAAGCCAAAUCUUUAAGGAAGCUCCUUUCCCCAAAGUUCCUGUGGGUUCAUCAAAGCCAGGUGAAAAUGAACCUAAGAGCAACUUUCCAGUACCUAGGGAACCCCCUCAACGUCCAGUAGUACCUCCCAGAAGGCCUCCACCUCCUAAGAAAUCAAGUGUGCCACCACCCUCAGUUUCAUUUGCCCCCCCUGCAGAACAUAAAGUCCCUCAGAAGGAAGUGCCUGAAGUUCGAGCUGCCCCAGUGUCUAGUAGGCCAAUAUUGGUUCCACCAAAAGCCAAAGCCUUCCUGCCGUGUCCUGGCCAAGAGGAAACCAAAACAAAAAGCAGCUCAGGCCAAAAGUCAUUGCCCAAGCCUGUGGAGAAGGAAAGAUUAUCCAUUCCAAUUACCAAUCUGGAUGUCUCCAAAGAAGCCCUCUAUGUGGCUGUGGCAGAUUUUGAAGGAGAUGAAGAAACUAGCAGUUUUAAAGAAGGGACUGUUUUUGAAGUCCGUGAGAAGAAUAGCAGUGGCUGGUGGUUUUGCAAAGUCCUCACAGCAGGGCCAUGUUGGGAAGGCUGGAUUCCUUCCAAUUAUCUCCGAAAAAAGCCAUAGUCCUGUUGUUGCUUUUGCAUUACAGCAGCUCAACAAACCCCAUUUUAGUACUGCAAUAUUUAAUUAGCUUAUUUAUAGUUCUUCAUAAGGCCAACUCUAUUAGAAACAACAAAAAGCAAAGUAUCUGGGAUACCAAACAUUCCAAUUUGGGCAUGUCUCCAAAAUGAAUUGCAAGAGGAAACUUGCCAUUAUGUAGUAUUAUACCUAGGCUACUCUUCCUUCUGUAGGUAAUUCAUUUCUUGAACAAUUUUCACAGAAAAAAGGAAAGCGAGAAGAAGAGCCACUUUUCUUUUUCAGCAUCAUGUGCCAUUUAACGUCACUAAAUAUAAUCAUGGGCUAAGAAGCUUCAUGGCAAGGAGAAUAUAUAAGUAAUACGAUUCCAUAAUAGGUACUUAGGUGCAAAGAGCUAUCCCAGUUGUUGUUGUUCAUUAUUUUAGGCUUCUGUCUCUGUAUUUUCCUCUGAUAUGAACAAUGCAUCUGCCGUAGCUCCCCUUUAUAUGACAGCUAGUGUUUUUAUGUAAGCACCAUGUUUAAAGAUUUGUUAAUGAAGUUCAAUGUAUUCUCUGCAAUGCAGAUCUAUGUCUCACUUGGAUUUUUCAGUAUCUUAAUCUCGUUUCAGUAAAUGUCGAGGGCAUGGCGUACAGGUUAUCCAUGUCCAUACAGUUGGUGCUGCAUCUUUGAGUCUUGCUCUACCAAACUUUUAUCUACAUCUGCAAAUAAGUCUUCUGAUCCUUCUAGAUUUUGGGCCAUCUUUUCUAAAUCUAGAAGAUAACAGAAUGGGGAUGCUCUAGGCUCAGGCUCAGCCUUUCUAGGAAAGUCUUUAAUGUUAAAAGUUGGACUAAAGGAAAUUUACGAAGAAUUUACCUCAGCCUGUUUAUCUCUUCCUCAUAUAUUUUACUGUGAGAGCUUUUUCAAAAAGCUUGGUUUCCUACUUUUGUGUUUCUUUAGAAUGUAAACUAAAUUGGCAAUGUCUUUUGAAACAUGCAGCCAGGCUAAAAGAAUGGCACACUCUUAAGAGCUAUGUGAAUUGUUUGAAUUAUCUUAGGCAAAGGCCUGUUUAACUGGUCAACUAGUGACAGGUUAUGGCAAUUUUAGUGAUGUGAACUGUAUCUAGAAAUGCAUGACGUCAAGAACCAUUUAAUAAGACGUAUUUCAAUUUUGGAGCUACAGCCAAGAGGCAGAAAAUUCAUAAAUAUGAAGAUUAACUGUGUGGAACUCAUUCUUCUAAAAAUAUGCAGGGGCCACCUUUUUUCCUGCUCAUUUCUGUAUACUUAAAUGGGCAAGCAUGAUUAACCCAUAACCACAGACCUGCAGUCAUAGUGACUGCAACAGUUUUCCAAAAUGUUCAGAACACCCCUAUUUUUAGAAAUGGACCAUUCCGGUUGUGAAUAGCUUUUGUUUUCCCACCAAUAAGAGUGUAUGCAGCUUCACACUUGCAUCAAUUAUUUGGUGUUUUCUGUAACGGCAUUUGAAUUUGAGUUUCGGUCAUUUUGACAGCAGAUCUUUGUUAACAUUUUUUUAUAUAUAUAAUGUCGGAGCCAAGUUUUACAUCAAAAAGAAUACGAUUUGGUGAUCCAAAUUGUGAAAAAACACUUCUAAAAUGGUAUGGAGAAGCAGCGAGUGAUCUGAGUGAAGUGGAAUUGGAUUGUGACGAAAAUUAUGUAAUGGACAAUGAGGAACCCGCCGCUGAUUCUGACAUCAGUGAUGAUGAAGCUCCCGAUGAAAUUGAUGACCAGGUACAAUCUACGUCGUGCAAUAAUUUAUACGGCAAGAACAAAUUCAAAUGAUCUUCUGCACCUUUUGGAAGCAAUAGAUCCAGAACCACUAGUCACAAUAUUGUUGUGCAAUUACCUGGACUACGGCCAGCAGCUAGAAUUCUCGGAAAUUCACAUGCUCCCCUAGAGAUUUAGAAAUUAUUAUUUUCUAAAGAAAUUAUUAGUGCCAUCAUUCAGUGGACCAAUGUAAAAAUUAGAGAAGAAAGAUUGAAGUUCAAGGAUGGAGAAACAAACAGUGAACUGCGUGAUGUGCAUUUGAUAGAGAUCAAUACAUUUUUUGGUUUACUGCUCUAUACAUCAAUUUUUAGAUCCAACCAUGAAAACAUCGAAUUUCUUUUUGUUUACUGAGGUCAUUAUGACCUCAUGUCUGUAAUAGUGUAGCCAAAAUAGUACAUCUGUGGUUAAGGGUUAAAAUAAAUAUAUGCUUCCCUUUCUUUUUUCUUUUUUCUUUUUUAUUUCAUACAGUAGAAAUACAUAAAAUGAGAACAUGCCAAAAAGUGAUAGCGUCUCAUUUAUAGCCAUGACAUUUUUUAAACAAUUGAUGAUGCAGACUUUAACUACAUCAUUUUCAGUAAUUCUCACAUAGAAUAGAAUAGAAUAAUUUUUUUAUUGGCCAAGUGUGAUUGGACACAAGAUAUUUGUCUUGGUGCAUAUGCUGUCAGUGUACAUAAAAGAAAAGAUACGUUCAUCAAGAAUCAUAAAGUACAACACUUAAUUGAACACAUGUUCAAUUACAGCGUGGUUUGAGAAUGUAGGUAGAAUCUGGUACGCAGAAAUUAACCAUACAAUUUGUGUUGAAAAGAUUUUACAGGAAAGGAAAAAAAACUAGUUUUAAAAAGGCAAUACAGCAUUUGUGUUACAGGAAUUUGCCUAGUAAGCUCCCAUGAGCCAAAUCUCACUAAUUUCCUGAAAUUAAAUCAGCUUAAGUCCAACUCUAAAAUUUGCCUGUAAAAAUCAGUUCUUGGAGUUAAGUGGCUGCAUUUUUCUCAAAGGCAGGUCAGUCUGACUAUUGCUUAGGCAGAUUCAGGAUAUUAAUAAUAGGAGUAUGAUUCAUUUGUCCAUUGAUUAGACAUGAGAUCAAGAGAAGUCAUUCUGAGAGAGAUCCUGCUACAUAAAAGUAGAAAUCUUACUUUUUAUUUGUCUUGAUUGACUUUGCUCUAUUUUUACCAUCAGUCUCUUACUACUGUUAAGCAGUGGUUGAACCAUUUGCUAUUCUGCAACUUUUGUUCAAUAUCUAACUAUACCUUAGUUCCCUUCUUGGCACUAUUCAGUAUGUGUGGUCUAGGGACAUUACAAUAUUCAUUUCAGAAUCUUUGCCUGUAUAAGUAAAUAAUUGGUAAAAAAAAAUACAUGUUUCUUGUACAAUAUUAUUUCCCCAUCUCUAAUCCUAGCCCUUUUCUUUUGCCCUAUUCCUAAAAACGAAGACAUUCCUAGAGUAGAAAGGACUAAAAACCGUUUCUAGUAUUUCUUGUUGCUUCCAUAUUUCUUUCUUGAAAAAACUUUUCUCAGAAAACGGACUGAAGGAUCAGGUUGGUCUGGGUUAAUAAAGCACUCUGAUUGAAAGGAAGCCAUUACAUUACACAUCUGUGCCUCACUUUUUAUAUUACAUGGGAUAGAAGCAAUUACGAAGACCUGACUUGCUGGGAUAUGAGAAGUAUUGUUGAGCUAAUAUUUCCCUCAAUGCUUUUGUUGCCUUAUACCAAAAGGUAUAUCAUUCUGAAAAGGAUAACCAGAUGCCAUAACAUGAAACCUGCUCUGUUUACUUUCCAAGUUCACUGACCACAUAUCUGUUGGACUAAAGGAUGUUCUUGUAUUCCAGUUUCCUAGCCUUCUAACUGGGAUCUUCUUCAAUGGCCUUAGGCUCAUCCACGUCUUUAAAAGUCUGUUUUAAUGUUUAAUGUUAUAUAUCAAUCUGUAUCAAUCUGUACGUUAAUUGGGUGGGAUUUAUGGGGAGGGGAUUUUUGACAACGGUAGACAUAGCCUAUGUAAAAUUCAUGUAUACUUCCAGCAUUAAAGGCUAGGUGAUUGUGUUUUGUGUGUGUGUGUUUUUUAAGAUAAAAAAAUAAAAAAUAGGCUUGACUGGUUUCAAGCAGAACUGAUACAA